AUGGAGUCCUCAUCCCCAGAGUCAAAGCCAGACAGAGCAGCCCGUGAAGCAGAAUACCAAGCCCUCUGGCAAGUCUGCGAUCGCGCAAGUCGCAAACACGAGUACAUCUACGCUGAUGACAGAAACAAGCGUGCGCUUCUCGAAGAUGCCUGUGCUUCUAUAAUGCAGAAGAGACGAAAGGUCGGCAAGGCCCCGUGCGGAAUUGACGUCCCCUCCAUGGUGAGCCUUCAUCUUCAGCGUGAAGUCACCGGUCGUCUUCUUGCGACUGCUCGUAUGGGUGUUGCGAGCCCUUCGCCUAAUGAGAUGCCGUAUAUGGGGAAUGGGCCUGCGGUCAAUGCGACGCAGAAUGCGUAUCCUGCUAACCCAAGUCCUUUCAACGGCAACCCGAAUCCCUUCAAUGGCACUCAGGCACCCUUCAGCGCAAUCCCGCAGCCUCAAGCUCGAGUGCCCCCCAUCUCCGCCCCAAACUUUAACUUCUCGAUCCCAAACAACAACGCCGUUCAUCAAGAACUCGCCAGUCAGCGAGAAGACAUGGACAAGGUGAUCAACACCCUUCGCGACUACGCCAGAAGGAUUGCCGCUCUCGAAAACAAACUCGAGACAGUCACGCAGGAGCGCGACGCUAUGAAGACUGGAACUUUUGACAUGAGCAAGUCGGCUUCCGUUCCUCCAACCAUGUUUCACUACCCCACAGAGGGCAUUGAGGGCUUCGAGGGAUUGCCUGGUGUCGCCUAUCCGCAGCCCAGACUUCUCACGCCUAGGAGUCAGACGCAGGGAAGGGAUGAGGACGAUAGGGAGGGGACGUAUCAGCCUGGGAUGUGA